CACCUUUCGAAUGUUUGGUGGAGGCUGGUGUCUAUCAGAAUGAGAGAGCGAUUGGCUCUUGAAGAUAAGAGGUGUCGGUCGGGAUCCUUUAUAAGAUAGGAGAGCGCUCUAAAAAAGUUUACGCUGGAUUUCGAUCCUUCCUUUCUCACCUGCAAACCUCUUCACAAGGUGUAUUCGCACCUUUUGCCCACUUUUUUUAUAAACAAAAGGUCCUCACACGUAUGUGGAAACUCUAUCGUCGUCGCCAUUUGUGGCUCUUUCAAGUGUUCCACCUCUUUUCAGCACUAUAUGGUAGCUUCAAAGGGGACAACACUCCAAUUACUGCUGCACAACACACCUCACCGAAUGGUCGUCACAUUCUAAGCAUCAAUAAUUCCACGCCGCUGGAGAAUGGCGGCGUGGGGGUCGUUCCAGAUUGCAUCCCUCCAUCAGUGGAUGAAUUUCCAGACGAUUUCUUCACUCAGGAACAGAGAGCAAAGGGUGGACUCAUAGUUCACUUAAUCAUAGUCGCUUACAUAUGUGCUAUGCUAGCAAUUGUUUGCGACAAAUACUUUGUACCAUGUCUCAACGUAAUUUCUUCUUAUUUCAAAGUCCCUUCGGACAUUGCCGGUGCCACAUUCAUGGCUGUGGGUGCAUCCUCUCCAGAACUUUUCUCAUCAGUCAUAGGAGCCUUCGUAACAGAAGGUGACAUUGGUGUAGGGACAGUAGUCGGUUCAGCCGUUUUCAACAUUUUAGCUGUCACAGGAGCAGCUGCAUUCACAGUCGGAAAAACGGGAGUUGAACUUGACUGGUUCCCCAUAUCUCGAGAUACAACCAUGUACAUAAUAACCAUUAGCGCUUUAGUAGUUAUCAUUCAUGACAAUUUAGUUACUUGGAUUGAAGCAUUGAUACUUAUAAUUAUGUUCAUGACCUACCUAAUUUUACUCUACUUCAAUACCAUUGUUCAAGAUGUCACGACAAAAAAGGCAAAGAAUGUUCAAGAUUGGUGGUUAACCAAGAAAGGAAUGAAUCUUGAUUCUCUACCACUGUUUGAUGAGAGAUCAGCCUUAUUGGUAGCAAAUCGACUGGCCCAUCGCUAUCAUAGUGGCGAUUCUGCGUGUCCAUCCUCAACAACGAGUACUUCCUUCAUGGCCUCAGACGAAAUGACUACCAGUGGUGAAAGUAACACGCUGGAUAAGGAAAGUGGACAGUUCAAGGCUCCUAUACUAGUACCACAACUAAUAACAGAAAAAUAUAUAAUUGUAAAAGAUUUAGAUGAAGACGAUGACAUGGAUGCCAUGAAGAAACUAAAUAAUGACUUUGAAGAAUCAAUGGCAUUUAACUUGAUGGAGGUGCCAAAAGGCGGAUGUUUCAGCAAGUUCUUCUUCUUCAUAAUGUGGAUACCGAAUUUAGUUUUUUCCAUUACCAUUCCAAACUGCAGUACAAUUGAUAGAAUAAGAUGGUUCCCAUUGACAUUUCUUGGAUCCAUUCUUUGGUUGGGUGUCCUCUCCUACUUGAUCUUCUGGAUGGUAGCUAUUAUAGGUUACACUCUGGGCAUACCAGAUACCAUUUCUGGUCUGACAAUUUUAGCAGCAGGCACUUGUGUACCUGAACUCGUAUCCAGUGUAAUUGUUGUUAGAAAUGGUCUAGGUAACAUGGCUCUAUGUAACUUGUUAGGAAGUAACAUUUUCGACAUCUUGUUUUGUCUUGGCGUACCCUGGCUCAUAAAGACCCUCAUGAAUAGUGAUACAAAAUCCCUGGUGAUCAAUAGUUCGGCUCUUACAUAUACAUCCCUUUUAAUGUUAGUAGUUGUUGUGUUUUUCUACUUAUCGCUUCUAUUGUGCAAUUGGAAACUGAAUUGGCGGUACGGCGUAGCAGCUUUUGUGAUAUAUGCUUGUUUCCUGGUCACAGCUUCAAUGUUUGAAGGAAAUGUAUUGGGGAAUUUUAACCCUCCCACUUGUAACAGCUGACGAUAGUAGAACAAAUUUAAUAUACUUAGCAUUUACAACAAAUAUUUAAAAAAAAAUUUUAUUUGUGGAAUUCAUUGUUUUUACUUUAUACCGUUGAUAAUGAAAAUGUUUAGCAG